AGCUCCCGAGCCAUGGAUUUCCACGAUAUUACUUGGAUCCAGUUUUGUCGAGGACACGUCGGACUAUAUAUCUAUGAAAAAACAGUCCAUAGAUUUCUAUGCCAGUUUUCAGAGAAUCGAACUGGUUUUCUACAGAUCUACUGGAAAAACGAUCGUUGAAUUUUUUCCAAAUUCGUUUUUGCUUAUGAAAACAUAGCUACAGGUAUUGGUUAGCGAAUGAUGAAAAUCCUAAGUCUCUAUCUGUUAUUUCUUUUGAAUUAUUCAAAAAGUAACCGAUGGCCGUGUAUUUGAGAUGAAUAGUACUAGAAAGAAAUAUGUGGAGAUUUUUUGUAGAUUCACCGGUAUUGUAAAAUUCGAGGCUUCGAAAACUAUGUCCAACUCAUGAAUUGGAAGCUUUUCAGAACCAACUUCGUCGUACAGGACACAUUUUUUUUUGCGAAAAACAAGACCUCUCAGCUCUUCAUAAAACUGAAAACCGAACUUCAAAAAACGUAGAAAACAAUUAUUUUGUGGUUGAGUUUGAGUGAGAAAAAACUGAAAUAUUAAACAUCAUCAAAAAAGGUCUUGUAACUUCCGCCUCUCCAAACAUAUCUCUCUCAUCAAAUGUGUUGUGUAUGUCAUUUGUCUCAAAUAUGAUCAACUUUCUCUUGUUUUUUUUCUUUGAUCUUCUUUUUCUAAAAAAAAAUGUCCUGUACGACGAAGUUGGUUCUGAAAAGCUUCCAAUCGAAAGUCGUAUUUUUUUAAAAUGUCGCCAGUUCAACCCUGAAUCGAAUGGUAUAUUUGAAAUAUUUUUAAAGGCAAAGGGUUUCUUCAAAUAAUUAUUUAAUUCAGAACGGGGCGUGAAAACUCACGGUUUUCUCGAAACCCUACUUCGGGCUAUUUUAAAAUCUUUUAAAAUCAGCUAAAAGAAAGAGCAUCCUCCAGAAGCCUUAAGUACCAAAAUAAUUUAUUUUUCGCUCAACUGUUAUGAAGAUAGCCUGGAUCGGCUUUCUUUUCUGUAAAACACGGAUAGUCUUUUACUUGGUUCCUUUAGGUAUCUGAUGAUGAUCUGUCUCGUGCUAGUCAAUUAUAUCCGUUCAAUACACCAAAUACUAAAGAAGCAUUCCUAUACCGUUCCCUGUUUGAAGAAUUGUAUCCCCGACACGAACAUUUAACACCCUAUAUGUGGUUACCAAAAUGGUGUGGCGAUGUCAAAGAUCCAUCGGCUCGAGUUUUAGGACACUAUAAAGAACAACAACAGGAAAAAUGA